ACUUUUUAUCUACUUUUACAGAUUCAAUUUAGUCCUUGUGCCCAAUAUGUCACCAAUCCAAAGGUGACAGCUGGCAGCAUGCAGUUAACCUGGCAGGCCCGUGGAGGCCCUGGACGUCAGCACAAUGUGCUCAUGGAAUUGCAGCUGAACAAGGUUAAGUUCAGGCAUGAGGUAUAUCCUGAUAAUGCCAAAGAGGCUUCUCGACAGAUUCUUUUGGUCAGUGAUGUGGAGGUUAGGGACCGACUUGCCUCAUCACAGUUCAACAAAUUUCUUUACCAACAUUCGAGUGAAUCCAGACCCAAACAGUCACAUGCAAAUAUGAUUAGAAUCGUGGCUGUGCAUGUACGCCCAGACCCCAAGUUGACUGUUCAAGAAUGUAGUCUCAAAGUAACAUUGCUUCCCUUAAGGCUCAACAUAGAUCAAGAUUCCCUUCUGUUCUUGUUUGGUUUUUUCACUGACAUGUCCAGACUAAAGAAGAGUAAAGAAGAUGGUACUGUCCAGUGUUACACUCCACGUCACAACACGCCAACACACCAGGCACCUGUUAUGACAGUGAAUGUUGCUGGAGGGUCUAGGACACCUUCCCCCGAGCCUCCAACUUUUCUCAUUCAGUUGGAAGAAGACGCUAACAAACAGGAUUCAGAUCGUGUGAGUGCGCUGCCAUCAGCAAACCAACAACUGAAUGACAGACCUCCAACACCUCCAAUAUUCUUCAGGAGCUUUUAUUUUUCUCGGGAAGUUCCCAUUCGACUAGACUAUCAAGGCAAACGAGUGGAUAUGACUCAUGGUCCAUUGGCUGGCCUGCUAAUGGGACUUGGACAGCUGAACAGUUCUGAACUAAGACUGAAAUGUAUCAGCUACAGACAUGGAUUGCUUGGCUUUGACAAGUUGGUAACUUUCGUCUUAAAUGAGUGGCUACAAGAUAUCAAAAAGAAUCAGUUACCAAGCCUGCUGGGUGGAGUUGGGCCAAUGCAUGCUUUGGUGCAGCUAUUCCAAGGGAUCCGAGACUUGUUCUGGCUUCCCAUUGAACAGUACCAGAAGGACGGGCGAAUUGUACGGGGUUUGCAGCGUGGUGCCAACUCGUUCACUACGUCCACAGCCAUGGCAGCACUUGAAUUGACCAACAGGCUAGUCCAGGCCAUACAGAGUACUGCAGAAAUGGCAUAUGAUAUGGUAUCACCUGGUCCAAGUGUUCGGCGGAGAGUACCUGGUCCAAAAGGGAAACGGCGACGUUACAAUCAGCCUGCGGAUAUCAGAGAAGGCAUGGCAAAUGCCUACAUGCUAGUCAAGGAGGGAAUCGGCGAAACAGCUCAGACCUUAGUGCGUGUAGCAAGUGAAGAGCACGAGCAAAAAGGAAUGUCUGGAGCUGUAGGGGGUGUGUUGCGUCAGAUUCCACCCACAGUGGUAAAACCCAUUAUCCUAGCAACAGAAGCAACAUCAAAUGUGCUCGGUGGAAUGAAAAGUCAGUUAGUACCUGAUGCGAGACGAGAAGCCGUUGAGAAAUGGAGGAGUGAAGAUUAGCGACUCAAAAAGUGAUAUGCUGUUGGAGUAGAGAGAUGAUUGGGAUAAAUACAGGGCUAGUCUAUAUGAUGUUCCCAAUUUGAAAGACGUGCUACUCACGUUUAACCUGUUGA